AUGGCAGCUCCAGCAUCUGCCUAUAAAGAUAGGCAAUUCCUCGCUGUUAUUGGUGAUGAGCAUGUCACCUCGCCACCGGACUCGCAGAAGAACUUCCUCGUUGUCGAUAGCAAGACAGAUAAUGCUGCCAUUGAGGAAGCCUUCGAGAGAUUCACAACUGAGAGGAAGGAUAUCGGCAUUCUAUUGAUCAACCAACAUGCUAUGAGACUAAGGAGGGUUUUGCAGAUUGCGGAACGUAUACGCCAUCGGGUUGAUACCUACACAGCCGCAUUCCCAGCAUUACUGGAGAUACCUAGUAAGGACCACCCAUACGACCCGGAGAAGGAUAGUGUUUUGCGAAGAGUCCGAAGACUCUUUGGAGAGUGA